AUGAACUACUCAUUAGACUUAAACAAGGCAACAUUGGAUGGGUUGACCAAACAUGAAGUUAUAAAGGACGUCAUAAAGGAUCCACAUUGGAAACCAUGGGGGAUCCUUUCAGCGGAGUUUGAAAACUCCAAUGAGACAGUUGCCAUGGGGAACACUUUAGCACCCAAUCAAACAGAUCAAAGACCCACUGUGCAAUUUGUCUUAAAUGAACCUACCAAGAAAAUAAACGAGGCUGAUUUAUUCACUUUUGUCAUUACAGAUCCUGAUGCUCCCUCCAGACAUGAUCAUAAAUGGUCUGAAUAUUGUCAUUAUGUAGAGACUGAUAUUAAAUUGGAUGGAUUUACUAGAGACGCGGAUUUCUUAGCAAGUGAAGUUGAUCAGGGGAAACAAUUAAUGAGUUAUGUAGGUCCUGCACCACCAAAGGGUACAGGUCUUCACAGGUAUUGUCUAUUAUUUUUCAAACAACCAAAUGGUGUAGCAUCUGAUAAGUUUACCAAAAUUAAGGAUAGACCAAAUUGGGGGUUUGGUACUCCAGCCACUGGUGUCCAUAAAUGGGCUACUGAAAAUAAACUGGAGCUAAUUGCUGCCAAUUUCUUCUUUGCUGAAAAUAAAUAA